ACAUAAGCUUUGAAAGAUCAACAGACCAGUGAAGAAUAUCUACCAUGAGCGAGAAACCAGUUUUACUCUUCGUCCACGGAGCAUGGCAUCCCCCAAAAUGCUACGACGCCAUCAAAACCGCACUCACCAACCUCGGAUACGAAUGCGUCAUUCCCAAAUUACCUUCAGUAGGCCCUGAGAGUCACGGCAUUACAUGGGAAGCAGACAAAGCCAAGAUCAUCGAAACAGCGGAACCAUUCUUCAGCCAAGGUCGUGAAGUCGUUCUGAUCGCUCAUUCCUAUGGUGGCAUUCCCGCGACUGCCGCGACGCAAGACCAAGGCACAGAAGAGCGGGCGAAACGCGGCUUGAAAGGUGGAUUCCACUCGAUUAUUUUCUUAGCUGCUUUUGCUAUCCCGGUCAAGGGCUGGGAUCUUAUCACCACUUUUGGUGGGGCUUAUCCUCCCUGGCUGCAGGCAGGCGAGAAGUACACAAAGAAACAAAUUACCAGGAUGGCCGAGGGAGCUAGAGCGAGUGUUUACAGUGGUUGCAGCGAAGAAGCGAUAGACAAAGCUUUGGAGUCUACGGAGCCGCAUUCUCAAGAUGCAUUCGAGACGAGUCUGGACUUUAUCGCAUCGGAUAUCACCAUCCCCAAGACAUACAUCAUUUGCGAAAACGAUCAGCUUAUCCAGUUGCCUCUGCAAGAAAAACUUGUUGAGUCAACGCCUGGGAUGAAAUCUGCAAGGCUGGCAGCCGGUCAUAGUCCGUUUGUGGAGAAGACGCAGGAGACUGCUGCUUUGAUCGUGAAGAUCGUCGAAGGUCGGGUGUAAAUAGAUUAUACUAGCAUGACUCAUGAGAUAGAAACGAGACUAUCGGUCCUAAUUGAUGAAGG